UUUGCAUCGCAGCCGGUUUCCCUAUCGUUCUCGGAACUACAGCCCGGUUUAAAGCUGGAGAGCCACCCGCGAUGAGAGCCGAUGAGGAUAAUCUGUACCGGGAGCAACUGCCCAAUGUGGGCUCGCUAAUCAGGGAUGGCGGUCGCAAGCUGUGUCGUCCGUCCACCGUGACCAACAAGUUCCCGAUCCUAAAGUGGCUACCUCGCUACCGAUUGGAGUACAUCAUGCAGGACUUCAUUGCGGGAUUCACGGUGGGAUUAACGACUAUUCCCCAGGCGAUUGCCUAUGGAGUGGUAGCCGGCUUAGAGCCGCAGUACGGUUUGUACUCCGCCUUCAUGGGUUGCUUCACAUACAUCGUGUUUGGUUCCUGCAAAGAUGUCACAAUUGCCACUACCGCCAUUAUGGCUCUAAUGGUCAACCAGUAUGCCACUAUCAGUCCGGAUUACGCGGUGCUGGUGUGUUUCCUAGCUGGUUGCAUUGUACUUCUCCUUGGAUUGCUCAACAUGGGAGUACUGGUCAGGUUCAUUUCGAUUCCCGUGAUCAUUGGCUUCACCAUGGCGGCGGCCACCACAAUUGGCAGUGCCCAGAUCAACAACAUCGUGGGUCUGACCAGUCCUUCAAAUGAUUUACUGCCCGCCUGGAAGAAUUUCUUCACCCACUUGACAUCAAUUAGGCUAUGGGAUGCCCUGCUGGGUGUCUCAUCUCUGGUGUUCCUGCUGCUCAUGACGCUUGUUAAAGACAUCAAAUGGGGCAACCGUAUAUUCUGGAAGUACCUUGGCCUCUCCAGAAACGCCCUGGCUGUGAUCUUUGGCACCUUUUUGGCCUACAUCCUCAGUCGAGAUGGGAAUCAGCCCUUCCGGGUCACUGGAAACAUUACGGCCGGAGUGCCGCCCUUCCGGCUGCCGCCCUUUAGCACCACCGUUGAUGGAGAGUACGUUUCCUUCGGCGAGAUGAUCAGCACUGUCGGCGCUUCCUUGGGUUCCAUUCCCUUGAUCUCAAUCCUGGAAAUAGUAGCCAUAUCGAAGGCAUUUUCUAAGGGGAAAAUUGUAGACGCAUCGCAGGAGAUGGUGGCACUGGGUAUGUGCAACAUCAUGGGCAGCUUUGUGCUCUCCAUGCCCGUAACGGGAUCCUUUACCCGCACGGCUGUGAACAAUGCCAGUGGGGUGAAGACACCACUGGGAGGAGCUGUCACCGGUGCCCUGGUGCUCAUGGCACUGGCAUUCCUCACCCAAACUUUCUACUUUAUACCCAAAUGCACGCUGGCUGCAAUUAUUAUAGCGGCGAUGAUAUCGCUAGUGGAGCUGCACAAGAUUAAGGACAUGUGGAAAUCUAAGAAGAAGGAUCUGUUUCCCUUUGUGGUCACUGUAAUCACCUGCAUGUUCUGGAGUCUGGAGUACGGAAUACUGUGUGGCAUUGCUGCCAACAUGGUAUACAUUCUAUAUAGCAGUGCACGUCCCCAUGUAGACAUCAAACUGGAGAAGAUCAAUGGUCACGAAGUGAGCGUAGUGGAUGUGAAGCAAAAGCUGGACUAUGCAUCGGCUGAGUAUCUCAAGGAGAAGGUGGUGCGCUUCCUGAACAACCAGAAUGGCGAGACCCAGUUGGUGGUUAUCAAGGGCGAGGAGAUCAACUCCAUUGACUACACAGUGGCUAUGAAUAUUGUCUCGAUGAAGGGCGAUUUGGAGGCGCUGAACUGCGCCAUGAUCUGCUGGAACUGGAACAUCGCCUCCGCCGGAGUCGUCUGUCGACUCAACAACGAUCUCCGUCCCAUCUUCAAGUUCGAUUUGUCGCUGGAGGAGGUGGUAGCUGGCUACUUCGAUAGUCCCUCCAACACGGCCUCCACCGUAACCAUCGAGGCCUGAAGAACCUAGUUUAUUAUAAGCUGAAAGUAUUGCAUCAAUAUCACAAUUAUAUGAAAUAUCAUUUAA